GUUCAUUUGUCCAGUUACUCUUUGAUGAACUAAUCACAUUUACAGCAUCCAGCAUUAUCAAGAUCCUUAUCAGGAUCAUGAGCUCACACGACGUCAUUACAUCACGAGUCUGGCAGGCGUGCGUGACCUGUCGAAGGAAAAAGAUCAAGUGCGACGGAAAUAACCCUUGUCAUAAUUGCGACUCCCGCGACCUUGCAUGCGAGUAUCCUGGCAGCAAUGACAAUGCAUCUCACAGUCGCAAUUAUGCAGCCAUGUAUGAAGCUCGUUAUCGGGAGCUUGAUGAGAUUUGUCAGAAGUUGCAGGUUGUAGCAGCACAACUAACAAAAGCAAUCGACAAACUACCACAGGGAGAGUGUACUAACACGUGUUCCCACCAAUCUCCACCUGUGUUGCCCGAUCAGAGUUUGCAACCUCAACAGGACGAUAUGUCAACAGCAGCCAGCAGCAUUGCUGGCCUCGGAAAUAAUGAUGCCUCUCAAUCACGGCCAAGAGAUACACAGGAGCAGGAUACCGACAAAAGUCAGGAGCAAGUGAAUCAUCAAGGAGAGUCCGGAACUCAAGCAUUUGGUUCCUUAGUUCACGACUCCUAUGGCGGUCUAAGGUUCAUUGGCGGCGCGAAUAACGAGUUUCUGUUGCAGGCGAUUGACAGUUUGACUCUUGCACCGUGCCAGAGCUCCGAUAAUUCCCCUUUCUCCACCGCAAGCCAACAGGACACAACUCAGGUGAUAAGAAAACCACAGCCUGAGCUUCCUUUUUUUGUUCAUGGUCUAAGAUGGCGCGACCUACCUUACCUCCCCAAGGCCGAGGACAUGAAUCUACCACCAAAGUACAUGGCUGAUAUGCUAGUUGGCCUAUAUUUUGAGCAUUACCACUAUACCUUUCCUGUGCUUUACAAGCCGCAUUUUACCGAAAGCUACAAGAGUCUAUACACAUCACAAAGAGGUUCUAUACACGAUAGUGGAUUCCUUUCAGUCUUCUUUGCGGUAUGUGCUUGCGCAUCAAGUUUGACCGCCCCUGACGGGAAUCACUCAUCCUUUCCUGGACUUGAGUUCUAUGAGAGAGCUCUUCUCUUGCAUUUCGCUACAACUGGACAAGCUACAAAGUCCCGAACCCAGUGUCUAGGGUUGAUCUCGAUGUGCUGCGCUGGUUGGAAUACUCUAUCAACGAGCUGGCAUUUUGCUGGGCAAGCCGUAAGGGCUUGUCAAGAAUUGGGAAUGCAUCUGGAAGUAACACCGUCAGCCACGGCCUCACCACGGAGUCCAGCAGAUUCAAUUGAGGUUGAACUUUCCAGAAGGAUCUGGUGGAGCAUCUAUUGCCUCGAUAGGAUUGUUUCUGUAUGUCUUGGAAGACCAAUGGCCGCAAAUGAUAGCGACUGCUGCUGUGCCUUGCCGCUCCCACUUGGAGACGAGGAAGUGGAUACACUAUACAGUCUGGAGGGAACUUUAGACCAUGACAUGAACCCACGAUCAGCUGUAUCAGGCUUUUUAGAUCUAAUAGGGCUUUGCAAGGUAUCUGGUGAAGUGCAAAGUAUCCAAUCGCCCACCGAGAUACGCGACCUUGGAACUAAGGUUGGGCAAAAGAGGGUCAUGGAUCUAGCGCUAGGGCAAGAGAAGUCAUUAGACAUCUGGCUCAAAGACCUUCCAGAACACCUACAAUCAUCCGAGAGCAUUAUGAGUGCAGGAUCCAAGUCUGAGCUGUCUGUCCAAAGCUUGAUCAUACACGAUGGAACACUCGUUGCUUUAUACCAGACUUUUGCCCGUAGAAAGCAUUCAUUCAGCCAGCGACAAACCGUAGAGAAUUGUGUAACCGCUGCCAGGAGUUGCAUUAAUAAUUCGAGGCAUAUGAGAGACUUUGUACCACCUUCCCACUAUCUAGCAUUAUGCGUGAACUACCUCACUAUAUCUGGCCUUGUCCUGUUACGAAUGACGAACCCGGAGAGCAUACGGGAAGAUACCGACUUACAUCUCUGCAUUCAGCUUCUAGGAGACUUGGAAGUGACCUGGUCUGGUGCCACCAGGGGGAAGAUCAUCAUUGAGGAGGUACUAAGGACUUUCCAGGACAACCAAGAGGGACAACAAAUGAACAUGGAUUUUCAGACAUUAUUCCAGAAUCCCGAUCUCGAUCUGGGUAAUCUGGACUUAUCCGAGGGGUUCUUUGAGAACUUUUGGGGAACAUUUGUUUGAUCGCCCCUCGAGAGGGGUGCAUAGAUAGCAUGGACUGAAUGUCAAGAUGCCGGAUAAAUGCGACACAAGUCCUAUACAGAAACAUCCCAAAAUUGCCCUACAACGUUUCUCACCCGUCUGACUCCCUCUUCAAUCUGUUCUUUCUGUACAUAAGUUAGCAUGCACAUUCUGCAAAAAUGAGGAAGCCAAUAUUACAGAUGGACUUGCAAAC